CACUGUGUUUUCCGUCCCAGCAACAUUGCUGCAAAGCUGCUUUCCACCCGCGCGUUUUUCGUAUCGCAGCCUCGCUCGCAGGGGAUGCAGCAGAUUUUCCCCCAAGUGCUCUAUAUAGGAGAAGUGGAAUAAUUUAAUUCGAGGCAUUCAACUAGCUGGCGGUGGUUUUGGAGCGGCGGCCGGGAAAAGCUACUUGUCUCCAGGAAAGAGUGCUUCAACGGACGAAGAGAUUCCUAUAGCUUGUUUGCGCAAAAUAUUCAUGUUUGUACCCUCGGGCGGUUUUGUCAACAUUUAGCUUGGGGCUAAACUAUUAAGUGGAUUCUAGUGGAGCGCAAUUAGAGGAUUACACGGUAUUGCGGUGUCAAGUGUGGUGUUAGGUAUUUAUCGAACAUACAUUGUCCAGAGUGCUUCGUUUGGACCGGAGUGCUUAUCGACGAGAGAAAGGUUACAUACAGCACAUGGUGGAUGGCCAACCUUGAACAAUAGUGAUAGUGAUAACUGAAAAAACGUUUUCGCGCAAAACAGGAUUAUACGCCGGAAGCAAACAGCUCUUCUAGACACUAAACAAUGGUCUUCGUCAGCUCGGCAGUCCUUGGGGCGGCUGCUGGUACAGGAUUGGCUCUGCUGGUUGCCGUAACGAUAGUGAUGUAUCGAUAUUAUGUCGUCCGCCGCAAGGGAAAGGAGUGGGCUGAGCUGGAUCGGCUGGAGGAAAAGAAGGCAGCCAGGAAAAUUAAUCUACAGCAGGAAUGCAGCGUUAUUAGUGGCUCCCAUCCAGUACAACCAGCAUGCAACAUUUCACCGCACACGCUAGAGGGAGAAGGAAAAGCCGGGCCUGUGGAUUUAAGUUCCAGCCCAUUGCAACCGAGUUUGGAUCAGAAGAAGCCUUACUCAGGACGACAGAAGCCACCCACUUCCGCCUCUAGGAAUAACAGCAUGGAAAGUGUGCACUCGAGAGCGUCGAGUUGUCGAGAAGUAUCUUCUAAAUUUGCGUCAAAUGCUAAUCCUGAAACGAGGUCAACAAUUUCGGACAACUUCGUUAUGCAGAAAUCCCGGUCUCCCAACCGAAUGAGAACGUACAGUCUGGAGGGUAAACUUCCAUCAGGUCAAGACGGUGAUGUUCGGUCACCCAAAGCACCGCAAGGAAGCAUGACGUCGGUGGUGAGCGUUAGUCCUCGGGACAUCAUUUCAUCCAAGAAAAGGAACAGCACAGUCUCCACGGCAACGCUACCCCGGCCAGGCGAGUUCGUCGCCCCUGAUAGCCCGAGUGGAUCCAUUCGGUCGGACAGCAGUCGAUCUCCUAGGAGACGAGUGCCGAUUAUAAUGGCUGCUAACGAUAUCAACACGGUCCUGGGAAGAUUCCAUCUGAGAUUGAAGUACGACGGCAGCAAGGAGGAAUUGCUGGUCCAUUUGGUGGAAGCGCAAGAUCUAACGCCAUCUUCGGAGAGUGGCUUCCGCGAUCCCUAUGUUCGAAUGUACCUGGAUAGUGAUGAAGAGCACCGUACAUUGCAGACGGCUGUUCACCGCGCAGAAACUCAUCCCUAUUUCGAUCAACAUUUUUCCUUCCCACUGAAGCCCAGGAAUCUGGUUAAAAGUAACUUCAUCUUGCAGCUACUCGACUACGAUCGGUUUUCUCGAGACGAGGUCAUUGGCGAAAUCAAAUUUCUGCUGAACACGCUGGAUUUGUCUGGUUGCGAGAUAUGGGGCGACCUGAUUGCGGUUCGGAAACCAGUGGAACAUUCGCCGGAGUUGCUGAUAUCGUUGAGCUUUUUACCACAAGCGGAGCGACUCACGGUUGUGGUGAUGAAGGCUAAGAAUCUGCACGUUCUCCAUGAUCCGUUUGUGAAGUUGUACCUGAUUAUCAACGAUAAGCGUGCAAAGAAGCGUAAAACUAGUGCCAUUCGAGCAACGGACCCUGCAAAUCCCAUCUGGAACGAAGCGUUUACCUUUGAUCUGCCGGCAUCUCAAAUGCAGGACGCCGGAAUCGAGCUGUUUGUGACAUCCAACGAAGGAGAACUUCAUGAACCGGGUUGUGCAAUUGGGCUGCAAGAGGGCGGAACCGGCUGCCAGCACUGGCAGGAUAUGAUGCAAAACAAUCGCAAGCCAAUUGCCAUGUGGCACGUGCUGAGAUAAAAUGUGGCUUCUGCUUUUGACGCUACGGAGCAGUAAUGUUCGUUCGAUACGAAAUGUUAUGAUUUUUUUUAUUUGAUAUCAAAAGGAUUGACUCCUUCCAGCCAAGGUUUCAGUCGUUUUUAUACGAUUCAUGGAUACAGUUUUGCUAUAAGACUACAUGUGUAUAAUCAGCACUAAGAUAUGCUUGGGCAUGUGCUACAAAUUUUACAAUGAGAUAAUUUAGUCAAUUUAUUUAUUACAGAGAUAAAUAGGGAUGCACUCGAUGAGACAAAGUGCACUACAACUUAUGUCGUUAAGCCGUUAAACAAUAUAAUUUGUUAAAUUACAGUGGUACACAUUAACUGCGCAUAUUGAUUGGUAAACCUUUAUAAUUCAUCUAUAUAUAUAAAAAUGCAGUGGCAUACGUGGGACCGCGCAUAACUUGCGAACGGAUGGUCCGAUUUGGGUCGUCCAAGUUUUGUUCUGUUAGUUUUCACCCAAGGAAGGUUUAUGAGGCCAAAAACAUGGGAAAAUUGCGAGUUUUUGAAAAUUGGGUUUUCAUACAUUUUUAACGGGGACUUGGGCGCUUGGCUAAGACUUGAAACGUCAAAAAACGCAGUAGGCAAGACAAAGUUUGCCGGGGACAGCUAGUAUGUUAUAAACCUACAGAGUAAAUUUAUGCCAAAUGGGCCCUGUGGUCGAAUAACGUUUGACUGAAUUAUGAUUAAUCGUGUUACUAACGUUGUUCCGACAAAACAUAUUCAACACAGAUUUUGUCUUGUCAAACAUAAACUGUUCAUUCCUGACUUACGGUCAAGGAGAUUUUUGUCUAAGCUACUUUCUUCUUUGUCUUCUAAUGUCUUAUGGGAAUUUCAAGAUAGUUUGCCAUGUUUUUAUAAAAAAAGCUAUGCUGCAUUGUUUCACACUGUUAAGAACAAUUGUUGCUGCUAUUUUUUUUUGCCAGAAAUUUGCUCUUUAAACAUGGGUUAUUUGGCAUUCGGUAUUCGGCAAAAUGGUGUCAACUGUCUCGCAACCGCUAGCUAGUGUCUCUGUCUACAAUCAUGUAUAUAUUCGUCAGUAUAAAGUUCAUACAAGGUAGGAAUUUUGUUAAUUUCUAGCUUCCCAGCGUUGCUCUAAUCAGCCUAAGUAUUUUCGUUUGAAAUCAAUGUUGUCAAACAGACCUUCUUUACACUUUUUCAUCCUUAUCAUCGAACAAUUGAUCUAAAUGCGCCUUCUCUCUAGUUGUUAUAAUUUUCUAUCGGUCCAUACAGAUCUCCCUUUCAAUCAUAGUAAUUGGUGCGCAAAUUGCGCUAUCUUAGGCUACACGCCUUUGGCGGUUGCAUAAAAUCUCUGCAUAUUGUUUUGGUCCCUGCUUAUUUGUUUUUCAACUAUCGCAGUAUUCGGCAGCCUAUUCGUUUUUCUUCUUCUAUGGCUAUCUUGUGGCAUUCUUUGACCCCAUCUGAGGAGAUAUUUCAAAUCUCUGAGAUUCAUCAGAUUCUUGAAAGAUUUUUUGCCUGAAAUUUUUGAAUUUAUCUUCAGAAAUCAGUAUCUAUUUCGAAUCACUAUCAUAAUGUUGCUGAAUAUACUCGGCGAGAUCCAAUCACGUGAGUUGUAGGUAAAGUGACCAUCUACCAAUAUGCGUAUCACUCUGAUCAGUUAUUUUGCUCUUAUUUGUUACCCCCUUUUGCACCUGCACGAUAGAUUACAAAUGCCGUCAAACGGAACGAAAAAUAUUGGUAGACUGAGUUUUUGCUGCAGCAAAUUAAGAACUUAUGAAUCAUAACGUCAUGCUUAGUUUAUAUCAUAGUAUAGCAUAGUUUAUAUAAGCAGAUUCAACCAAAUAUAUAUUGACAAGUAUUAGAGCUUAAAUAUAAAUAUUCAUAUAUAUGAAAUAAAGGGAAUUUUAUAUAUCUUACAAGAAUGAAAACAUGAAUCUAAAUCGUACAGCACACAAAUGGAUGUGAAUUUUAAAAUUAAAAUUAUUUUAUACAACAGAUUAACAACAGUUAAACAAUUUGUAAAAUGUCUAUUAGCACAGUGUUCUGUGACAGAAUGGUACCAUCUAGCAGAUAUAUUUAUUUUGCCUAAAACAGUUAUUGUGCUCCAAAAUGAAUUAGUAGCUAGGUAUAUUGUGAGAUCAUUAGAUUUUAAAGCCUAAAAUGUAGAAAAUCCUGAAUACACCUGCAACAGUAAAAAAAAGAAACAUUUUAUUAUGUAAAAUUGCGUUGUUGAACAAAUAGUAUAUCGAAAAGUUAUCCACAUAUAUUUUCGGUACUAACGAUGGGAAUGUUCAAUACACUACGAGUGUCGUAAACGCAUAAAAAUUUGACGUUCCCGAUGCAUAAGAACAAAAAAAAACUAUCAAUAUUAUAAAACAUUUCUUCUGGCUUUUCUGUCAGCGCUUAUAUUUUGAAAAUAGUUUAUUUCACUCUUUUUUUUUAUUUCAUAUAAUAAAUGAUUUUUUGUUGUAACGAAACAUUUCAUAAAUAAAUGUGCAUUUCUUUCGAUUAAUAAUGCGCUCGAUUGUCUGCUGUUUAUUGUUUCUUGCCCAAAAAAUACUUCACCUUAUUACCACACUUCAUAAUUACUUUUCGAUGCACUAUUUAUCAUAUGAUUCCAAUAAAAUGCCUCAAUGUGUAUUAGAAGCUAGGCACGCAGUUUUUUAUUUCCAUCCAGACAUAAUUAUGAUCUAUCCAGUACCAUGACCACAACGCAGUGAGAUGUACCAAAAAUCCCAACUUUGGCAAUUCUAAUGAUGCACUGAAUGAUAAUCCCAAAUACAUCUGAUCUGGUAAUCAA